GAAAGACUUGGCUGAUUCAUGUCUUCAAGGGGUAUUAUGUAACACUCUCUACUAGGACAGUCACAUGGCCACAGGGCUCACCUGUGUUUAGAUUGACCAUCUGCCCCUCUCCUUCCAAAGCCCAUCUUCACUUUGCAACACACAGACAUACCGUCAGCGGACAUCUGCUGAAGAGACCUUCAUUUGUUUUGGUCCAAUCUGGUGAUCAAAACUCCAGUUCUGACAGUUGCAUCAGCAGAUCAUACUCCCCAUGUGUGGGUGAACAGAAGUAAAGCUGGGAUUGCAUCUCUGUUGACACCUCCGCAGAUUCAGCGUGAAGCAGGGAGAGAAAAACACAGACAUGCAGACGGAAUGAAUAGAAAGAGGAGAGAGGGAGCGAGAGUGAAUAGUGAAAGAGAGACAGAAUAUAUAUUUGACUAUGUGGGUGUGUGAAGUAUCAAGGCAUGCAUCAUAAUUGUGGAUUCUUCUCGGAGCAGCCGGACGUGUCACUGCAGCAGCAGGACAUUAAGUGUUGUAUUUUGUACUUUAUAACAGUGGCAGCUGUGAGCGCAGAGAGCGACAUAAGAGGCAAAAUGGAAACCGUUUUGUUUCUGCUGCCUCAAGGAUUUCAUUAACUCGGAUUAUAAAAAAAAUACUUGAACUAGUUAAAAGGGAUGCACACUGGAAAACGAUGAUGAUGCCCCUUCACUGUCAAUAAUCAAGAAUUCAAGUCAAUAAUUUAUCUGAGAUGGCCGUCAGCCCUUUCAUCAUCUGCCUCCUGUCACUGAUCGGCUAUGGCUCUUCCCACCCCUCUCCUCCUCCUCCUCCUCGGGGAUGCAGUGUGGAUGUGGAACCUCCAUACAGAGUGCUGUGUGACCUGGAGUCAGUCUGGGGUGUGGUUCUGGAGGCCGUGGCCUGCAGUGGUGGCCUUGCCUCUCUGGUCCUCGCUGUGCUCCUACUAGUCAAGCUGCGCUCCAUUUCUGACCACGCCAGGCGCUCCGGCGUGGGGCCUCUUCUCCUUCUCCUUGGCACGCUCCUUGGGAUCUUCUCCAUCUCUCUGGCCUUCCUGGUGGGGAAGAACCAGGUGCUCUGUGUGAUCCGCAGAGCCUUCUGGGGGCCCCUUUUUGCCCUCUGCUUCUCCAGUUUGCUAGUGCAGGGUGUGCGGCUCAGGAGGCUUGUGGCUGGCAAGACGAGCCCAUCAGGCAGCUCCCUGGCAGCGCUCGGUCUGGCCUUGGCCUUGGUUCAGGGGAUCAUCUCUGCUGAAUGGGUCUUGCUAACUGUAGUUAGGGAGGGUCACCCGGCCUGCGAAUAUCCACCUUUAGACUUUGCUCUGACAUGCAGCUACACCCUGGGGCUGCUCCUCAUAGCCAUGGGGCUUUCUCUGGGGGUGGUGCUGUGUGGAGGAGAGAUGGUGGCAGAGGGAGCAGGUGGGAGUGAAGAAGAUAGAGAAGGAGGUAGUGAAAAACGGAGAUGGAAGUGUAACGCUGUCUGGCUCUUUCUGUCCAGUCUGGCAUCGGCAUUGCUAUGGGUGGCUUGGCUGGGGUUUUAUCUUUAUGGCAGCCAGACCCUGAGAGGAAAGGGGAAAGGUGAGAGGUUAGGAGGAGGAGGAGCAAAGAAGGAUGUAAAGGUGUUGGAUGAGCCUGCACUGGCGGUGGCCCUGGUCAUUCAGGGCUGGAUCCUGCUGCUGUUCCACGCUAUUCCAGAGGCGCACCUGUGUCUCCGGAACCCUCCACAAUCCAACACGCAAGACUUCUUCGACACCACUCACACGUCCCCUCCUCCACAUUUCGGAGAUGAGCUUCCAACACACUCUCACCGACCCUUCCCUGAAAACCAAGCUUUUUCUAUGGAGGAGCACGGUGCAACUCUCCGAAGUGGAACAUACCACAGCAGCCAUGGGAGUGUGCGUCCUGGCAUCGCCUUCAGAGGUCACGUCUACCAACCCACUGAGAUGGCUCUGGUCAUGAAUGGUGGAACCAUGCCCACAGCCCCAGUUAACUACACUGGCCGACGGUUAUGGUGAUACAGGACAAGACUUGAAGAGGAUACACUGGUGUAACACUGGUGUGUGAUAUUAGAAUUUCCUGUUGCCUAAGAAGACGGAUAUGUAUUAAAAACAUCACAUAUCACACAGGAUGGAGUUGAUCAGCGCUAAAAAAUGUUUAAUGUAUUCGUGUUUCUGCGCACAUGUAUGAAUUUUACAUUUUUAGAAUCAAUCUUAAUAGUAUUUUUUGCUUGACAUGAAAUCAUAAGAGAGGGAAGAGAAAGUGACAUAACUUCAACAGUUGAGUAGAUUUUGUCAUAAAGCAAGGGCAAUUUAAAGUGCAUUAUUUUGAUCAGCGCAGAUUAUCUUACUGUAAUACGUAAAUAAAUACACUGACAAGGAGUG